UUUGAUCGUUCCUUUAGAAGGAAGCCACUGGGUGAAUAUGGACAUCAUGAUCAAAGCUCUCCACUCUCGAGGACACUCUGUUGAUGUGGUACGAACCAAUAAAAGCUGGUACAUACAGGGCGACUCUCCGCACUACAAGGCAAUCACAGUUCCUGUCACUGAAGCCUUUAAUCAUGACUUUAUUAACCCCAUCCUGGAAAAGAUAAUUCAUAUAGAAAGGGGAGAAAGCUCCAUUUUGAGCUUUGCAAGUUUGCAGGUUGAGAUGUUUACUGCGAUGUUUAACAUGCAUAGAAUAAUGUGCAAAAUGGCUACUAACAUGUUUAAAGAUAAAGACUUAAUGAAUAGUUUAAAGGAUAGUAAGUAUGACCUGGUCCUCACUGACCCAGCAUGGGGUGCAGGUAUAAUGUUGGCUCACGCUCUUAAACUACCUCUGGUCUAUAAUGUGAGGUGGACAACUAGCGGAGAGGGACACUUGGCCAUUGCACCUUCUCCUUUAUCUUAUAUCCCAAUGACUGGCUCAGGACUGUCAGACAAAAUGACUUUCAUACAAAGAGUCAAAAAUCUCAUUUUCUAUGUCAUUUGGCAAGCUCAGGAUGGAUUUUUAAUCCGCCCUCAGUAUCAAGCUGUUUGUGAUAAGUUCUUCGGCCCAGAAGUCAAAUACAGUGACUUAUUACAGGGAGCAGACCUGUGGCUCAUGAGAGCGGACUUUGUGUUUGAGUUCCCUCGCCCCACCAUGCCUAAUGUUGUCUAUAUGGGAGGGUUCCAGUGUAAACCUGCCAAACCUUUGCCUCAACACCUGGAGGAGUUUGUGCAGAGUUCUGGAGAGCACGGAGUCAUCAUCAUGUCUCUGGGGACUUUUGUGAGUGAACUUCCUGAUGACCUGACAAACGAGAUCGCUGCAGCUUUUGCCAAAUUACCUCAGAAAGUCAUCUGGAGGCAUAAAGGUGACAGACCAGCCACUCUGGGCAACAACACUUUAAUAGUCGAGUGGAUGCCGCAGAAUGAUCUUUUAGGACAUCCCAAGAUAAAACUAUUCGUGGCUCAUGGAGGAACAAACGGAGUUCAAGAAGCUAUUUAUCAUGGAGUCCCAGUUGUGGGUCUGCCUGUGUUUUUUGACCAACAUGACAACCUGCUGCGACUGAAAGAGAGAGGAGGGGCUAAGCUUCUAACCAUUAACACAGUGGACAAAGACGACAACUUCCUUAAGGCCAUACAGGAAGUCCUGAACGAGCCCUCCUACAGGAUGAACAUGCAGAGACUCUCCAGGCUGCACCGAGAUCAGCCAAUGAAGCCGCUGGACACCGCCCUCUUCUGGAUAGAGUUUGUGAUGAGACACAAAGGUGCAGCUCACCUGAGAACAGAGUCCUACAGACUGCCCUGGUAUUCCUACCACUCUGUUGAUGUACUUCUGUCUUUUCUGGCUACUGCUGUGGUGAUUACUCUUCUCCCUCUUGUGUUUUUCAGAUUUGCAUGUCUUGAGAAAUGCUUGAAAAGAAAAACAAAUACCAAAUGACAAGACACUGAAAUCUGUCCUGCUCCUUCGACAAAGAAAUUAUACAUAAUCGUGUUGUUUAGGAUUUUAGCUCAAUUAACUGAAAGAGAGGUUAUUUAAUUCACUCUUUCUCACAAGUCUUGAUUAUUAAAUGAAUAUGUAAAGCCUUCUUCAAUAGCAUCAAUUUCUUCACAUUUUCCUGAAACAAAAAUACAACCAUAAAACAGAUACCCCCAUGUCCACUGGCUAUAGUCCCUCUUGAAGUGCAGCAGGGGGAAUUAUGGUUGGGUUGCAUAUCUGAGCUUUUACUGAAUAACAGGAAUUUGUUCUUCUAUUUUUCCAUGCAGGAUAAUGGUUGGUUGUGUGAGGCUUUUUCCAAAGCCACGUAACAAUGAGAGCACGCACCAGUGGCAGCUGGCCAAUAGAGGGCGUUAGGGCGCAUAACAGCCAUAACAUAUGCGCUUCCUACACGUCUCUCCACCUGUCUGCAAGUCUCAGCAGCUCUGGGGCAUGGAGGAAUCGCCCACAGGAGGCGGGUCUGAGUAAUUUAGCCGAAGAUAUGAACGUAUGACAUCAAAUUUAGCCAAUCAGCGUCCACAGAUCUAAUCUGAAAAGGGCGAUUAUUUUAUCACCCCAAUCCAGCCACUGCUAUAAGGCCAGAACCUUCUUUUUUGCAGUCUGUGGUCAGGACGUCUACAGGCACCAUUUUGUCUACAUGACAAUGGCAAAUGUGAUCACUAACUUACCACUAACUCCAAGACCCAACCCUAACUCGGUAAAAUCUCUCCUCCAAGAUCCGUUUGAGAGGAGAACUUUGGCGGAGAAAUUACAGGUGAAAGAGCUGGGCCCAGAUCAACCUGACCUCGCAAUCAGACAGCAGGCUAGCUAAAAAGGGAAGCAGUGGCUUCUCUCGUAGCUGGUACACCAGAAAGGCCUGGCUAGCUGGAUGCAGCCAAGCUAGUGGCUUAUUUUGCUUUCCGUGCCUGCUUUUUUACGGGGACAGAUCCAGCAUGGACAGUUACGGGAGUGAGGGAUAUGAAGUACCUCUCUGAGAAAGUAAGGAAACAUGAGAACACCAGGGCACACGUGGAUAAUUAUGUCCAGCUAACUUUAGCCACAUUAGGCAGAGUGAACGUCGCUAUGCAGCUGGACGACGGCUACAGGAUCGCAGUGAGGAAACACAGUAAGGAGGAGAUGCAGAAGUAAUGAGAGAGGGGAGGAAAGCAGCAGUGACAUGUUGGAUGCUCCCCUUGAUUGGUAGCUCAUCAGCUGAAGAACAUGAUCACCUUUGACCUCGAGUAAUACUGCGUUAUUUCCAUAGAG